AUGCGCGCAAUUAUUGGCACUACGGCUCUUCUGGCCGGUCUCAGCCAGGCAGCUCCUCACCAAUCCCAUUCCCAGUCCAAUGGCAAUGUUGACCUGAAUGCCCUUGCCCAGCGUGCAGGAAAGCUCUGGUUUGGCACCGCGGCCGAUAUUCCUGGAACAGCUGAGACGACCGACGCGGCCUACUUGAAGAUUUUGCAGCAGAACUUUGGUGAGAUUACGCCAGCGAAUGCCAUGAAGUUUAUGUACACCGAGCCCGAGCAGAAUGUAUUCAACUUCACCGAAGGCGAUUACUUCCUCAAGGUCGCUGAAAAGUAUAAUACCCGCGUACGUUGUCACAAUCUCGUCUGGGUGAGCCAACUUUCGGACUUCGUCACAUCGACGAAUUGGACUGCCGAAGCUCUCACCUUAGUGAUGAAGAACCAUAUCUUCAAGACUGUCCAGCACUUUGGUCGACGCUGCUAUUCGUGGGACGUGGUCAACGAGGCGCUCAAUAGCGACGGGACCUUCUCCUCCAGCGUCUGGUAUGAUACAAUCGGAGAAGAUUAUUUCUUCCUCGCCUACAAGUAUGCCCAGGAGGCAUUGGCAGAGAUCGGCGCCCAUGAUGUGAAGCUCUAUUACAAUGACUAUGGCAUUGAGAAUCCUGGCACCAAGGCUGACGCUGUUAUGGAUCUUGUGAGUGAACUACGGAAGCGUAGAAUUCGAAUUGACGGGGUUGGUCUCGAGUCGCAUUUUAUUGUUGGAGAAACGCCCUCUCUUGCCGACCAGGUCUUCACCAAGAAAGCUUAUAUCAAGGCGGACUUGGAUGUCGUGAUCACUGAGCUUGAUAUUCGAUUCUCGGAGGCUCCUUACUACACUGCUGCUGUUCAGCAGCAACAAGCCACUGAUUAUUAUACCACUAUUACCAGUUGUAUUGAUGCUGGGCCUCGAUGUGUUGGUAUCGUUGUCUGGGACUUUGAUGAUGCUUAUUCUUGGGUGCCAAGCACAUUCUCUGGGCAGGGUGGUGCCGAUCUCUUUAAUAACACUCUUCAAGCCAAGCCGGCUUAUUACUCGGUAGCUGAGGCCCUUCAGGGAAAGUCCUGCAGUGUAUGCUAG